AUGUCGCACCCCGGUCUACUCAACUCAGUCAGUCCAUUCGAUGAUGCCUUCUCUCCUCCUCUCCAUUUCUCUCUCUCUCUCUCUAUCUCUCUGUCACUACAUCUUUCCUUCUACCUAUCACUGCCUCUCAAUCUCAACCUGUCUCUUCCUCCACUUGCUCUGCUCGUUCCUACAGCACACUUUCCUCCGGUUCUCGCUCGUCCUCCUCGUAUCGUCUACUUACAUUCGUCAUUAAGAAGUGAAGUAGCUUCUCUCUCUCUCUCUCGCUCGCUCGUCAUGCCCUGGAUUCGCGUGCAUUACCCGCAAAAGUUCUAA